GAAUUGAAAUACAUGUUAUUGGAUUUUUGUUCAUUAAAGUCAAACAUCAAGCAAAAAUAAUAGACUUGUCUAGGUAGAGAAGAACACAGCAAACGCGACCAACGAGGAUGUUUAAGAAAUUUGAUGAGAAGGAAAAUGUUUCCAACUGUAUUCAGCUGAAGACCUCUGUAAUCAAAGGCAUCAAAAACCAGCUGUUGGACCAGUUUCCAGACAUUGAGUCAUGGCUCAACCAUAUCAUGCCAAAAAAGGACCCUGUCAAAAUAGUGCGAUGCCAUGAACACAUUGAAAUCUUGACGGUGAAUGGAGAAUUGCUCUUCUUCAGACAAAGAGAAGGACCGUUCUACCCAACCCUCCGACUGCUGCAUAAGUACCCCUUUAUUCUUCCACACCAACAAGUAGACAAAGGGGCCAUCAAGUUUGUCUUAAGUGGAGCCAAUAUCAUGUGUCCUGGAUUGACGUCCCCAGGCGCCAAACUCUACCCCUCUGCCUCAGAAACAGUAGUUGCCAUAAUGGCGGAGGGCAAGCAACAUGCCCUUUGUGUCGGAGUCAUGAAGAUGUCUGCAGAAGACAUAGAGAAAGUCAACAAGGGAGUAGGAGUUGAAACUGUUCACUAUCUUAAUGAUGGACUGUGGCACAUGAAGACGUAUAAGUGAGAUGUCUUCACCCCUGGACAACGUGAAGCUCUUGACAGUGAGGCUGCCAGUCAAUUGUUUACACCAAUGGACUUAGCUGUGUAACUAGCUGGAGGCUUUGAACCAAUCCCCAAUUAAUGCACAAAUAAAAACCUGCAUUCAAGAUAUUUUCACGGCCUUUACAUUUCAUGGUUUCUUUGCCAAUGUCGUUGGGAUUCACUUGCUACCAGGAGCAAAACAUUUUAAAUGGAUUGUAGAUCAUAGUACCACAUAUGCUGUUACAUGGAUUUGAUGUUAAAUCAAAUAACUCUUUAGUGAAUUGGAGGCUAACUGAAGAUAAACUCCCCAAAUAAAUAAAAAUGGUCACAUUC